AUGGAUGCGCAGAAUGCUGCCCAGUCCGACCAGACGAGGCCUGCUGGCGACUCCCCUCAUCAGCGGCCUGAAUCGAAACCCGAAACAUCGAAGUCGACACCGCCGCCAGUAAGCUCAAAGCCUUCCGAGCCUAUUGGAAAGGACAAAGACAAGGACAAAGAUGCCCGUCGGAACGCGAAUUCUUCUGUAGUCGAUCAAGAUGCUUCCGAAGACCGCGAUUCUGAUGCAGAAACCAUCGUGCUGCCAGGCAAGGAUGGCCACUCUCCGUCAAAAGCUCGAAAGGUGAGGCAGGAGGACAAGAGUGACGGUGACGGCGACAACUCUAAAUCCUCUAUCAAGGCUGCUGGUUACCGCCCUCUGGAGCUUGAAAAGCAGGCAUCAUCUAUUCAUGCCCGUGGCGACCCUGUGAAAAAUAAGCGCACGCCUGCUCAUCUUGAACGUGAGAAACUAUCACGAGGUAAAGAUGCGGCUGCCUCAAGUGGUUUAAGCUCGGCGCCCGCGUCUCCGCCGCAUCAUAGGCAACAGCAGCGUCGCCGGUUUGUCGAGGACACACACUCGUCUUCAGAUUCUGAACCCUCAUCGAACCGCCUGAUUGCUCGAAAGGUAAUCGCCAAAAAGCUGAAAUCGAGCGAAACUUCUAUGCCUAAUAAGCGCAAAAGCCUCAAAGUUGAGUCCGACGACGAAGGAGAGGGUCGCAAAAUCAGGCGACAACGAACAACCAGUGUGAGCAUCGAUUCGACUCGCCUGCCAAAAGAGCACAAGCCUUUCUCGGCAAAGGCACAACAUGAUUCGCAAACACGAUCCAUUUCCCCACAGUCUCGAACACACCGACGAAGUGCUUCAUCCCAAUUACCUUCUUACACAUCCAACGGUUUUGGUCAGAAGAAGCGGCGGCUGCCGCCCCCACUGCACUCGACCGACUGGCACUCCGACGAUUCUUCUGCCAGUGGCAGCCCCCACCCUCGCAGCUCUAAACUUCGUAGCCUGGCAACGCCCGCCACCGAUACAAAUGCAUCCCCCGCAAGAAUGGCCCCCCAUAAGAAGCACCUCGAUGCUCAUGGCCAAACCUUCCUUGCCCGAGCUUGCGCACGUGGCGAAUAUGAGGGAGCCAAAACACGUCUGACCGAAAGACCCGAAGACUUAAAUGUUGCCGACUACGCUGGAAAUACGCCACUUCAAAUUGCAGCUAUUAAUGGCUGCGAAGACAUCGUUAAACUUCUGAUCGAUGCUGGAUGCAACCUGGACUGUGUCAAUUACGACAAAGACACACCACUGCUGGACGCAGUCGAUAACGGCCAUCUAGGCGUUGUCAAGCUAUUGCUAGAAGCCGGCGUCAACCCCCGAAAAGCAAACGUCAACGGCGAGGAGCCCAUCGAUCGUGUAAGCGAGGACACAGAUAACGCGGACGAGAUCAAAGCCGCUCUCAUGGCAGCGAGGAAGCGAGUGGGGGAUCGAAGGCGCACUUCGGAAGAACACCACUCGCACCAAGAUCAGGACGCCAGGGACUCGCACGCUCCAGAUAGUCCACGUCGUUCACCCGCCACAAACUCUGGAUCAGGCCGGAGAACGGGAACCGUGCGAGCAACAAAGACACGAAACGACCUCUUAUACAUGCCCCUCGACGAAAAGACACUCCGGCAGGCUGCGGGACGAGGAGAUGAGGAAACUGUCGCCCGCAUUUUGCAAGUGAAGGAGGGGUUCAACGACCCCGAGUCUAUGGUUGCUGCAGCGCGAGGUGGACACGAUCUAGUCAUUCAAUUGCUCCUGGGUCUGGGAGGCGCUAAUCCAGACCCGCGACCUGUCUACAAUGCUCAGCCAGAGUUUGCGACGCCGAUACUCGCAGCGAUUGGGCAGGAAAACAUCAAAGUGGUCGAAUUACUGUUGGAACAGGCCGGGUUCGAUCCUACUAGGAGAUACAAGGGCGAAACAUACUACGAAAUUGCCCGACAGCGUGCAGGCCCGAACUGGAAAGACGAAGAGCACAUGUUGAAGAAUGCCUACGACGAGUACAAGAGAAGCCAUAAGGAUUCAGCCAGGGCAAAGUCACCAAGUCGACGCGAACGAGACCAAGAACGUGGCGAGCGUGAAGAGCGAGAAGCCAAGCGUGCACGACGCGUGGAAACGAAAGACAAGGAGGAGGCCCGCCAGCAUAAACGAAACCUCUCCAGCCCCGAGCCGAAGAAAAAAUCUGCCGCUUCUAAACUCACCAGCCCAAGGGAAAAGCGACGAUCCAACUCUAUUACGAACCAGGGAGAUGAAACCUCAAAGCGUGGCCCAGGACGACCUCGGAAAGAAGAUCGUAUUCCGUCCAUUAAUGUCUCCGACCGCGAAGUGUCUCCAACCAUUUCUCACAAGCAACUCAAGGCCAAGCAUGUCGACUCUGAUGCUGCUGGUGUAUCUUCUGAAGGCGAAACGGUUAAACCCAGGAGGAAACUUGUAUCUAAAGGCGAGCUUCGAGGAGAACGCGAGCGACAACGACGCGCCAGCAUGGCAUCGAACGCUUCGUCUUUCAAAGAACCCCCGACAAGUCCGCACGAGUCUAAGCACGAGGAACCAGUGGACAAGCACGACAAGAACAGGGUUGAAAAAUUGUCUGAGAAGUACCACGAUCGAACGAAGGCUCUCAAAAGAGACGAAUCUCGUGACCGUUUGUCUGUGUCUGGCGACGGAUCAACUAAAAGGCACCGUGCUAGCAUCACACCUGAUCGACCAAGUAAUGGUGAUAAGGAUGACAGCGAACUCCCCCCUAAACGUCGACGUCUCGAGGGCGAAACAAAAGAGAAACGUCCGAAACAAACUUUGUCCUCUGAUGAAAGACCUCGCAAACCCAACAACGCUCAAGACUCCUCCAAGCCAGUGGCCAAAUCGAUACAAAAGAAGCAUGACGAUGAUAAACGCGAAAGGCGCGCCAACUCCCAUCGUGCUGAUAUCGAUCGUGCCAGCAGUGCUGAAAGACAAAUCCAUGUCAAGUCAGAGGAGACUGACGUGGAGAUGAGAGAUGCUGAUUCUAUCAAGGCUGUAUCAGAGUCGGAACUGCAAGCAGCUCGGGCCAAGGAGGCUAGGGAAGCCAAGGAGGCCGAGCAAGAAAAACAACGACAACUCGAUGCAGAGGCAGCUAAGAAGGAAGAGUCACGAAAGAAGGAGAUUACACGCAAGAAAGAGGACGAACGAAAACGGGCCGAAGCUGAAGCAGCUAAGCGACACGAGGAAGAAGAGGCCCGAAAGAAAGCAGAGGAAGAGGAGAAGAAGCGGAAGGAGGAGUCAGCAGAGAAGGAGAGAUUACGAAAGGAACAGGAAGAGCACGAAGUUGAGCGCAAGCGCAAAGACGAGCAAGAGCGCCAACGUCGAGAGGAGGAUGAGAAACAAAGACGCGAAGUUGAGGAAAAGGCGCGACAGGAAGAGGAAGAGAAGCGACGGGUGGAAGUAGAGAGAAAGAAGAGGGAAGAGGAAGAGCAGAAGCAGCGUGAAGAAGAGGAGAGGCUGCACCGCGAACAACUCGAGCGUGAGGCAGCUGAAGAAGCUCGCCGCCAACGUGAGGAAGAGGAGCGGAAAGAGCGUGAUAGGCGAGAACGUGCGCACCGUGAAGAUCAAGAGCGCAAACGUGCCGCGCGUGAAGCCGAACAACGUCGAUUCCGCGAAGAGCAGGAACGCAUCCGCCUAGGCAAAUUGCCUCCUCUUCUACGAUGGCUUGAUACAUGUCCAAACCCCAAGCUUCCAGUCCUUGCAGAUAAGUUUAAACGCAUUCAAGGCUGCCGAUACGAUACAAUUCGACGAGAAGCCAACGGCACGCCUGAAGGUCGUGAGCAAUGGGUGCUCAACACUCAUGUGGCUCUGCUUCUAGGCGAGAAGGAUCUGGAACUCUCAAGAUAUACGGCCUGGGAGCGCGCUCCCGUCAGUCAAUUAGCCAAGAUGUCUCUCUGGCGCGUAGAGUGGCGUCUCUACUCUCUUGUAGACGACAAAGUCUGGGAUCUUGGCCGCCAACUGCCAGAAUACUACGGCGACGAGGAUCCUUCUGAGCUGUGUUUUCAUACAAAGCAACGGUUAAGAGAAGAAGCUUGGGAGAAGUUCCGCAACAUGGACAUGUUCUUUGUCAAGUUGUCUGACCUAAUGUAUACUGUCUCCAACAUACCACAUCUUCGCAACACCCAGCUUGCGGUCGAAUACCGUGAACUUCUGGAGUCAGAGGCACAAAGCAUGCAAUGGGGUUGGGGUACGUGUCAGAAGUGGAAGCAAGAUCCAGAUGCUGCCCGCUAUCAUGGACUUGCUCCUCGAUGCAAAUACUAUCUCAACGGGGCACUAGUGGGCGAGGACAUGCCUCAGCUAGCACAAACAAGCAGCACUCCUUUCCCCGAUAAGAAGGUGCCGCGGCGUGGGCUGGUGCAAGUGUUUCCAGAAGACCCUGACUAUGCGCGGCUCUGCUUGGAACAAGGUCUAGAGCAUCUCAUCAACGGCCACCUCAGUUCACCUUUCAUCAAUGGCAUUCAUUCUUCUCCAAUCAGCCAAAAAUCGAUGAUUUCAGGAGGGCAUGCUGUCAACGGCACAUUCAAGGCUUUGACGCCCGGAUCGGCAAUCGAGAGCUUGCCAAUGGCUUCAGCAGGCCACGAGACAUUGACCAACGGCAUCAACGGAAAAACAAACGGAACCUCGCACUGA